AUGGACUGCUCAAUGACACGCCCAUCGGCGACAUCACGAUUUCCUUUCUUCCCCUUCUCGCUGUGGUCGAAGAAGCCCCAGCAAUCAGUCUCGACGCAGACCCAAACACAAACUCCACAGACGGCGAAGAUGCGACCACAGCUUCAGAUUCAAACCACAACCCCGACACAGACGCAACUCCCACCCUCCCCUCCAGAAACCCCCGUCAUGGUCGAACACCCUCAGCAAACCGCAGAGGAGCGCGCUGAACGCGACCACCAGGAUCGAGAGACCGCGCGACAGGAGGCCCUGGACGAGCUGGAUAGUCUGGUCGGUCACGAGAAUGUUAAGCGCCAGUUGCGCGGUGUUCAGACCUGGGUGCAGAUCUGUCGGCGACACGGUCGCGACCCGAAGAACGAGUGGUACAACAUGGCCUGCGUGGGAAACCCAGGGACUGGCAAAACCACGGUGGCGCGGAUCUACGCGAAGAUGCUCUAUGCGCUCGACAUCUGUGACUCGCCGGCUGUCUACGAGACGACGGGCACAGACCUAGCCAACCAGGGACUCGACGGCGUCAAGCAAAUCGUCGAUCGCCUUGUGGACGCGCAUUCGUCAGCUCAUACAGCCGGUGUUCUUAUCGUCGAUCAACCACACACCUUGGGAGAGUCUGGCUCGUCCCAAGUGAUGGAGCAGAUUCUUCCAAGUCUGCUGCAGGCUGUUGAGCGCAAGACAGGUCGCAAUGUGGUGAUCUUCUCCGGCGAGGAGACGCCCCUGUUGACCUUCCUGCGCGACCAUCCGCGCCUGCAGCAACGCAUCUGCAGCACACUGCGUUUCUAUGAUUUCGAUCGCAACGACCUCGCUCAGCUUAUUGCCCGGCGCAUCGUGCUGGAAUAUCAAGGUCGCAUGCAGGUUGAGGGUGGCCUUGAGGGUCCGUACGUCCAGGCUGCGGCUCGACGAUUGGCGCGCGGGCGCGCCAUGUCGGGCUUCACCAACGCCCAUGCCGUGCGCGAGCUGGUCAAGACGGUCGCGCAGCGUCAGGCCCACUGUCUUGCCGAUCAGCAGGACAGCGCCAUGGAUGAGGUGGAUUAUUUCUUCUUUUCAAAGGAUGAUCUACUGGGUCCACGACCCGAGCAGACACGCAACCACAGCGAAGCAUGGGCGGCCAUGCAGAAACUGGUUGGCCAGGAUUCCCUGCGCAUGUCGGUCGCUGAUGUGUUCGACACAGCCGAGGAGAAUUACCACCGCGAAAUUCGCAACCAGCGUCGUCUGCCGCUCAGAGUGAACCGCAUCUUCGCCGGGCCACCAGGCACUGGAAAAAGCACUGCGGUUCGAUUGUACGCCCAAAUUCUCCUUGAGCUGGGACUAUUGACGAACGGAGAGGUCCGGGUCAAACCGUGGUCAGCCAUCUCGCAACUGGACGCAGACAGCAUCCGCGACAUUGUCGACAGUAACAGCGGUAACGUUCUGGUUAUCGAUGUCGACUCUGACCGGCAGGAGACUUCUCAGAAUCACCCUGUAAUGGACCCCAGUGCCUUGGAGACUCUCUGGGCACCGCAGGACAAUCAUUGCACGGUCGUGGUGGGCACGCACGAUGCGGUCAGUCACGUCCUGCACCAGACAGGGUCGCAUUCGCGUCUGAGUCGCGCGAUGGACACGCAGCUUGUUCAAUUCGCACCUCUGACACGCGACCACUUGGAGGAGCUCUUCCACAGCAAGCUCCGCGAGCAGGAGUUGGACGUCACUCCUGACGCCUUCCAGGCCGCACUGGACAUGCUUGACACGGCCCGCAUGCGCCAGGACUUCGAUCACGCGCGCGCGGUGGAGCAUCUUCUCACCGCAGCGCAGUAUCACUUUGAGCGUCGGACACGCGUCGGCGCGAAGGGCGAGCCCAUGCCUCGCAUUCUCGAGGGAAGGGACUUCAACCCCGAGCGUGUGGGCGGGACACCCGCCUUAGACUUUCGCGAGGAGCUGCGUCAAUCUAUCGUUUCCGACGAUAUCAUCGCUGUCCUGAAGAGGUAUCACCAUGAGAUGAAGAUCUCCUGGAUGCAGGGCCUGAACCCGAGCAAGCGAAUGCCUUGCGGCUUUGUCUUCAAGGGCGCGGCGGGCACAGGCAAGAAAACCGUCGCUCGUGAGCUUGGCACCCUGUUCUACAAAAUGGGAAUGUUGUCGCAUGGUGAACUGGUGCCUUGUUCGAUCGCCGACUUGCUCGCCCCGCACAUGUACCCAACUGCGAUUCGCGCCCGGGGGGCCCAACUCGACCGUAGUCGCGGUCGGGUUCUGUUCAUCGAAGAUGCCCAUCGUCUGGGUGAGGUCGAGGGGCCUACGAAGCAUGCGGUGGAUGAGCUCGUCUACCAACUCCCCCGGUAUUUGGAUCAGACCGUGGUGAUUCUGGCUGGACCAGCCCAAGAGAUGGACCAGAUGCUGGCUAAUCGACCUCGCCUGGCAGCAUUGUUUCAGGAAGAGAUCAUCUUCCGGAAUCCGACUCCCCGAGAGUGUCUGCGACUGCUGGACCGACGGCUGACGGAGCAGAAAAUUGCCGGGCCUCGACUCUAUCUGACCGACCCUCGCACGCCGAGCCACCGUGAAUUCACACGUGCCAUUCAGAUCCUCUCGAUGUUCCCCUGCUGGAGCAACGCGCGCGACGUUGAAACUUUGGCCCGGUGGAUGGUGGCCGCGUGUGUCAAGGAUCUGUCUUUGGAGGGGGUGGGAGAUAAAGAGCUGGACAAGCUCCAGCUGAAUGAGGAGCAGGCCAUGGGGGCUAUGGUCAAGCUUUUCAGCUUGAAGCGAGACCGACUUCGAUUUAACCAGGACCCGAAGGCUCGAGCUUUACCUCGAGUGCUGUCGCAACCUCGCAUUACCGAUCGGACGGGAGUGAAAUUCCCCGUCUAA